AUGGCAAAGAAAACAUACGACCAUCUCUUCAAACUCAUGCUCAUAGGGGAUUCUGGUGUGGGAAAAACUUGUAUUCUUUUCCGCUUUGUUGAGGAUUCCUUCUCAACUUCAUUCAUAUCAACUAUCGGUAUUGAUUUUAAAAUAAAAACUGUGGAGAUAGAUGGGAAAAGAAUAAAAUUACAGAUUUGGGAUACUGCUGGUCAGGAGCGCUUCCAAACAAUUACCUCAUCUUACUAUCGUGGAGCUAUGGGUAUAAUGCUUGUCUACUCAGUAACAUGCCGUAAAUCCUUCGAAAAUAUACAAAAGUGGAUGAAAAAUAUUUCAGAAUUAGCUUCAGAGGACGUUGAUAGAAUCAUUGUAGCCAAUAAAACUGACAAGGUGGAUCAACGAGUGGUUUCAGCUGAGGAAGGACUUGCUGUAGCUCAAGAAUAUGACGUCCAACAUUUUGAAACAAGUGCAAUGAAUGGUACUAAUAUUGAAACGGCAUUUUAUGAACUUACGAAGGCUGUCUUAAAGAGACCUCCCAAGGAACAGAAUGCCCAGCAAUCGAACAUUCGCGUCCACAACCUCGACACUAAACCACAAUCGUCAUCUUGUUGCUAA